AUGUGCGGCAGAGGGGAACUCCCCUUCCAUACCCUCCCAUCCCCUUCCAUACCCUCCCAUCCCCUUACAUACCCUCCCAUCCCCUUCCAUACCCUCCCAUCCCCUUCCAUACCCUCCCAUCCCCUUCCAUACCCUCCCAUCCCCUUCCAUACCCUCCCAUCCCCUUCCAUACCCUCCCAUCCCCUUCCAUACCCUCCCAUCCCCUUCCAUACCCUCCCAUCCCCUUCCAUACCCUCCCAUCCCCUUCCAUACUCUCCCAUCCCCUUCCAUACCCUCCCAUUCCCUUCCAUACCCUCCCAUCCCCUUCCAUACCCUCCCAUCCCCUUCCCGCCCCUCCCAUCCCCUUCCAUACCCUCCCAUCCCCUUCCAUACCCUCCCAUCCCCUUCCCGCCCCUCCCAUCCCGUUCCAUACCCUCCCAUCCCCUUCCAUACCCUCCCAUUCCCUUCCAGCCCCUCCCAUCCCCUUCCAGCCCCUCCCAUCCCCUUCCAGCCCCUCCCAUCCCCUUCCAGCCCCUCCUAUCCAUGCGCACACCGCUGCUUCGUUUCCCUACUCACUUCACAAAGUUCCCUACUCCCUUCUUCUGUUCCCCGCCAGAAAUCAGAGAUGUUCUCGCGGCGACGUGGGCGUCGGCAACGGUUGUCGCUUGGUUUUAG